GAUUGUGCGACGUGCACUUUUGUUUACACCUCAUCGCAACCUACAUGGCUCUCAGACGAAUGAGGCUGUCUUUGCUGCGACGUUCACAGCAUUUUCUCUUCACUUCACUUCGCUGUCAAUCUUCGAAUACAGUAGAACAGUACAACGCUGCUGCAGUGAGAACGCCUUCUCUUUCUCUUCUGUCGUCUAUUGCCGAUAGGUUCAAUCUAGAUUUGUCUAAAGAAGAGUUGAUCACCUAUCAAGGGUUUAUGAAAAACAUUUUGAACUCGUGGACUCGCUUGGAGGAGAUGUCCGAGCCGCAACUUCCAGUAGAAUACUCAAGGAGUCCUGGCUACAGGCCAGCGCCUGAAAACAAUCCGUUCAACGCAUGGUAUUACAAAGUUGAUAUUGCAGGAGCUCCUACUGGUCGACUCCAUGGAAAAACGCUUGCCAUCAAAGACAACGUUGCUGUAGCUGGCGUUCCCAUGAUGAACGGCUCCCGCACUCUACAAUACUACACUCCAGAAUUUGACGCCACCGUUGUAACACGCAUACUGCGCGCCGGAGGUCACGUCGCUGGCAAGUCGGUGUGCGAAGAUCUCUGUCUAUCAUCAUCGAGCUUUACGUCCGCCACAGGGCCGGUACAGAAUCCACAUGAUACCACACGCAGCGCAGGAGGCUCAUCGAGUGGUAGUGCAGCUUUGGUUGCGGGUAAUGUUGUAGAUAUGGCGUUGGGUGGAGAUCAAGGAGGCAGCAUUCGUAUGCCGUCGGCGCUGUGUGGCAUAGUUGGAUUAAAACCAACACACGGGCUGGUUCCCUACACGGGCAUAUUUUCAAUAGAGAUGACUUUGGAUCACGUGGGACCAAUGGCACGUACUGUGGCUGAUUGUGCUCAGCUGCUAGAGGUAAUUGCUGGUUGUGAUGGAUUGGAUCCAAGGCAACCAACAAGUUAUCAAGUUCCUUCUUACGCAAGCAACUUGACAUCUGAUCUCAAAGGCACAAGAGUCGGUAUCCUUAAGGAGGGAUUCGGUCAUCCUUCAUCAGAAGCAGAUGUUGACAGUCUUGUCAUGUCUGCUGCUCGUAUGCUUGAGAAAGCGGGAGCAUCCGUGGAGGAGAUAUCUAUACCUAUGCAUUUGGACGGUAUGGCAAUAUUUGAUGUCAUAUCAACUGAAGGAGCACACGAAACCAUGUACAAGAGCUACGGCUUUGGUGUCGGAUGGGAGGGCCACUAUUGCACCAGCAUGCUCGAGUCAUUCGCUCGAGGAAUGAAGGAAUCAGCUGCUGAGUUGUCACACAGUAACAAGAUCUUUCUCAUAACCGGAGAAGCAAUGAAGAUCAUGUACCAUGGUAGAUUUUAUGCAAAAGCGCAAAACAUUGCACGCAAUUUAAGAAAGGCUUACGAUACCGCUCUCGACACCUACGAUGUUCUGGUGAUGCCAACUGUACCCAAGAAGGCCCCGAUUCUACCCGAUAAGAACUGUUCUAUUGAAGAAUACUUGACAGCUAAUUUCGAGAUGAUACCUAACACGGCACAAUUUGACGUUAGUGGACACCCGGCGUUGACUAUCAAUGCUGGUUUUUCUGAGGGUCUGCCGGUUGGUAUGAUGAUUGUCGGCAAGAGGUUUGAUGAUCAAGCUACACUGAAUGUCGGGUUUGCCUUCGAAACGUUGAGAGACAAAGCGUAAACAUGAAGAUGCAGUGUAUCUGCAGAAAUCGUAGGUUGCAAUGCAGCUAGUGCAUCGGCGAGCAUGCGGGAUAGUUAGACAUGAAUGCCUCUAGCACGGACUCUAGCUUCUAGAGACCACUGCAGUCUGCACUGGUGUAUGUGCGUACAUGUAUGAGUACGUAUACGUAUGAGAAUAACGCCCUGGGCGUAUAGAAAAGAAACACUUUUCUGGGCGUAUACUAGGGCAUGGGCGUUAUUUUGGUCCUAGGUGUAUAAAUGGUCACUAAAUGCUGUCGUCUGGCCAGUCAUCAU